UUUCCUGCUUCCGGGUAAACAUGGCUGAUGUGGUGGAGGACCAGAAAUUUAGUUUGAAAGAGGUGCUGGACACUUUCCAGUCCUGUCUCACAGACAACAAGGAGAUUUUAAUCGAUCAGUACGUGGCGGGGUGGCGAGGACUUGUAAGGUUCAUGAACAGCCUCGGCACCAUCUUCUCCUUCAUCUCCAAAGAUGCCGUCGGCAAGAUCCAGAUCAUGGCCAACCAUCGCAAGGGCGGGCACGGAGAGCAGUACGAGACCGUCCAGUCCAUGGUGAAGUACGAGCUGGCCCACGGGCUGGUGGACCUCACCAAGAGGGCGGACCACCCCGAGUCGGGCUGCCGGACCACCCUGAGGCUGCACCGCGCCCUGCGCUGGCUGGAGCUCUUCCUGGAGAGACUGCGGACCAGCGGCGAGGACGGGAAGACGUCUGCCAUGUGCGCGGAGGCCUACAACGAGUCCCUGGCUCACCACCACUCCUGGAUCAUCCGCAAGGCUUCGCUCAUGGCCUUCUGUGCUCUCCCCGGGCGGGCCACCUUCUUCGAGGUCAUGAACGUGGGCACACCUGACCAGGUGGUGACGAUGCUGGGGGAGGCCCUGCCCCUCAUCGCCGAGGUCUACCAGAUCACAGAGGAGCUGUAUGCCAAGAACAACCUGCUGGACUUGCCUUAGCGCAGGUGCAGCUGAAGAUGAACCUGGAGAUGGGACCACCGCUCUCUUUCUUGCAGACCACUGUUUUCAAGCACAUUCUGGACAGUGCGCCUGUUUUGUUUUUUUUUAAUCACACUCAAAUACUACUUCGUUUUUUUGGAAAUUGUUAAUUUUUCCACUGCGCUAGAAUUGUGAGGGUUCAAGUCGGAUGAAUAUGGCUCUUAAGUAACAAAGAAGUGGUUUUUCCAGAUCUUUGUUUUGCAGGGGAAGAACUGAUAUUUGGUGAAUGGGUGUCGGAGCUGGUACCUCACUCUUGAUGAUGGAGGUCAUCCAGAGGUGUUGGGAGUCUGGAUAGUGAUGUUUCUGUACUAGAUAUAUGCGGUGUUAGACAGCUAGCUUCCUUAAUGAGCUUCUCAAGCACACAAAUGCACCUCCCCUUUUAUUCAACAUCUUGAAAGGCGGUGUCAAAAGUUCAUACUUCUUGUUAAGUUUGGGAGGAUGAGCAAAAGAAAGUAAAAUUUACAGGAAUGUCACUCAACGAGAGUUAUACAAAUGUGUAACAUUUUUUGAAACCACACUACAUGAUUUUAUAACCAGUUAUUCUAUAACACUGAUCAAAGAUCAGAACGUACUCUACUUCUGGGCUAUAAGCGUGCACCUUCUGUAGAGUCUGUACAGUAAAAAAAAAGAUCCCAUCAUGAUUAAAGGCCACUAAGAAUUCUUUAUAAUUCUUUAAGAAUUCUUGCACUGACAGCCUUCAAUAAGUAGUCUUCCACCACGUUUUUAAUAAUUGUGGAGGUCUGCUUCUGUGGAAUCCUUCCAUAAAUCCACUAGAUGCAUAAACCAUCUACUGGAUAUAUGGAUGGGUGGGUACCUCAAAAGCAAAAUGGAGACCUAAAUCCUAAAUCCCACCCUGGGGCAUUGGUGCUAUUGUACGUUAAGGCAAUCUGGUUUGAGAAUUUGAAUUUGACGGAUGGGUCACAGCUUUGAUUUCCUCUGGACCUGAAUCUUCUUUUUAAAAGAGCUACUGUACUUCAUGAGACUCAACCAGGAAGGACCAAUUUUUUUUUUACUUAAAUGGAAUGAGGGGAUUUGACCUUUCGGCUGAAAACAGUUAAAAAGACCCCAUCAUCCUGAUAAAUCGGAAAGUUAAACAACUAAACUGUCCCUUCUAGUCCUUUCUAGCGCAGGCGCGUGGGACAGCCACUUCUAAACCCAGAUCCUGAAUGUUCCCUAAUCCUCCUCCCCCUCAGUGAGGUUGGCUGGAAGCUGAAAUGAACAAAUCAACAGUUGCUUUUGCCAGUGGUCACAAGCAGUAACAUCUGCCCCUAUCCCCUUUGAGUAGAAUUAGAUACAGCCGACUCUUGAUCAACGAUACAUCACUGACGUAUCUAAAAACUAAGUGCUGCUUUAAAAAACAAAAGGCUAAUUGAAUGGGACAGAAAAGAGUAAUGUAUUUUAAACUUGGCAGUGAUCCUCGCUCCUGGGCCAGGAGAACCAAUAGGAUGUUUUUGUUUCAAUCUACCAAGGCUUUUAGUGAGUAAUUGAAUUAUCAGCUGUUCCAAGUCUUUAGUCAUUGAGGGGUUUAGGUUCCCUGAUGUAGGGGAGUAAAUCUAGAGGCACUGGGCUGAAUAUUUUGUGAUCUCUAGAACUGCAACCUUUUAAGAAGUCAGCACUUUAAAAAGCCAUAUAGGACUAAUGAACAAAGCCUCUUAAAGAAUUGCACUUAUUACGUGUUACAAGUUAAGAGGGAGUCGGCUUGCUUCACAGACUUGUCGUUUUCUGGUGUGAGCAUAUGAAUGCGUUUGAAAAAACGCUGAAAAGUUGAGUCAUCUUUUAUCACUUCUGAGUGUGACGUUCUGAAGGAAAAUGUUGUUGUUUACAUGGCCAACAAAAACAAAAAAGGCCUGGGAUUUUUUUUACAUAGCUGGAAUAAGCUGAUUCCAUAUGGAAAUGUCUUUGUCAAGAAAAGGGAAUUUGCACUAACAAUUUUAAAUGUUUGCAUCCGUCUCUGCAUUGUAUGGUGUCUUUGGUACUGCAACAAUAUGGGAAGAAUAUUAUGGACAUACUAGUAAAUAUAAGAUCAGUUACAUCUGAUUGUGGGUUCAAACCUUAAAAAGUUGUCUUUUUCCACCAUCUUUUGUCUUUUGCAAAAUUUAAAAUGCCACCCCGUGUAAAGGGAACCAAGAGCACUGGUCAGUCACUCGAACUUCCCUCCUGUCUUCGUCUCCCACUUGGAUUUAAAGUGAGGCACAUCCUUUGCUCUGUAAAAAUCUAUGCGUCAAAAUGCUAAGCAUGAUUUCCUCAUCGCGCGUUAUGCAUUAUUGACCUUAUGCCAGAAAUCCCAACAAAAAUAAUAGGCUACUAUUUCAUUUAAAGAAAUCUAGUGUAAUGUACAUAGUUUAAGAGAGAUUUUUAAAAUUGGGAUCUUUUGCCUCCCCUGCUUUUUUUAGGGCGAUAUUUUAGAUUUUUUUUGUGAAAGUCUCAAUUUUAAAAGUCCUUUUUGUGGAUUUUGGUUAAGAGUUUUGUCAUGUUGCAUGAAAGGCCAGAGCCUUUUUAAACAAAGGACGUUUCCUUUAUGUGGGGUCUGUUCAAUCGACUGUUUGCACUUGCUACCAAUUUGAAUUGUAUUACAGCAAAAGCAACCUAUGGGUGUACUAAUUUGUACUAUAGCGCAUUUCACCAGAGCCCUCAGCAAAUUAUCUUGCUCAAGGAUACAACAGCAGUGUUGCAAUUGUAACAAGUGUGAUUUGAAUAU